GUGUUUACGUGUGUAUGUGUGUAUAGCUCGUAAAAAAAAUAAAAAAGUAGAGUCGAGUCGAGUCUGUUCGAUCCCAAAGUCCUGUCGCGAUCUUUCGCGCGAGUCAAAGAGGCUAUUAUCGAUCGCUCUCUCUCUCUCUCUUCGUUGCUCUGUCGGCGAAAGCCAAGUCGCAGGAGAGAAACCAAAACCGGGUCGGUCGAGCGUCCUGUCCCAAAAAAGGGAGAAGGGACGUCGAGACGCGGUGGAAACAACUACGAAAAUAAGAGAGACACGUGGAAGACGAGCGUCCCUGAACGGGGGGGACCGGUCAAGGGGAGAGGACAAGGGAGGAUACUACUCGUUCAAGCUGUGGUGGCCCUCGUUCGAGUGGAGUCGCUCGUGCAAAACGGAAACUGCUCGCUGCCAGGCCGUGUCGCUGGAACGUGCCUGCUGGAACGCACAGGAACGCGCGCGGACCCUCUGGGGCCUGCAACACUCGUUCGCGGCGGCGAAUCGCAAUCUCCUCCUGCAUCCUGCAUCCCCGGGCAAGUCCUGGCUCGCCGAGACGGUCGUCGGCGCUGACGAGGCACGUAUUUCCCCCAUCACCACGUAUUUUCAUUCGUACCCGUUCGUCCCGGGUGGUGCGGUGCCCCUGCCCCCGCCCCUGUUAAACGGCAUCAACAAUCCGGCGGCAGCAGCGAUCACCCCGGGGCUGGUAGGACAUCUCUUCGGUACCCAGCAGGCCUGCAAUCUCGCCUGCACUUGCUCUUGCAACAUCGUUGCUAACUGCAACCCCCAUCAUCACCAGCACCACCAUCAGCAGCAGCAGCAGCAACAUCAGCAGCAACAACAGCAACAGCAGCAGCAUCACAGGACCCUCGGCACUACGGCGGUUCUGCUGCAACCGGUUGAUCAUAUCAAAGACACUAUGGUAAGAAUUCCCGACCUUUCGAAUUUUCGUCCGUUCCCCACAGCACCAUUUCCGGUGGUGAGUGUCCAGGAAUUCCAGUACGCGCGCGGGACGGCCGCGUCCCUGACGAUGAGGGGUAGCGACGAGCUUCUGUCGCAAAGCGGGGCAGUCAGCAAUGGUGCUUCAAUGAGUCCGCAACCUCAUCACGCGGCCGACAACAACAAUGACGCCAAGAAGGUUAAGCUCGACAAGAGUCACAGCGGCAAACCUUCCAGAGUCAUUCAUAUUAGGAACAUACCUAAUGAGGUGUCAGAGACAGAAAUCAUCCACCUGGGUCUGCCCUUCGGCCGCGUCACCAAUGUCCUCGUUCUCAAGGGCAAGAAUCAAGCAUUUCUGGAAAUGGCGGACGAGAAUGCUGCAGCGACCAUGGUGACCUACUACGCUUCCGGUAUAGCCCAGCUCAGAGGCAGAGCGGUCUACGUGCAGUUCAGCAAUCAUCGUGAACUCAAGACGGAUCAAACGCACUCUAACAACGCGAAUUCGAAUAACCAGGUUGCGAUUCCCGGCCAGAAUCAGGUAGCCAGCGCCGGCGAUACCCAGGGCGGACCCAACACGGUUCUUCGAGUCAUCGUGGAGCACAUGCUUUAUCCGAUCACCCUCGACAUACUUUAUCAGAUUUUCACGCGCUUCGGCAAAGUUCUCAAGAUUGUCACCUUCACAAAGAACAGUUCGUUCCAGGCACUAAUACAAUACGCAGACAUGCUGUCGGCGCAGACUGCUAAAUUCUCGCUCGACGGACAGAACGUCUACAAUUCCUGCUGCACGCUGCGCAUCGACUACAGCAAGAUGCAGAACCUCAACGUCAAGUACAACAACGACAAGUCCCGGGACUACACCAACCCGAAUCUGCCGACCGGCGACGCCAACCUGGAUGCGGCGUCUCUCGCUCUCGGCGGCGAAUUGUUGCCCCAGUUGCUGAUGGGCGCCGGUUCCCAGCCGCGUGCCAGAAUACCCGUGAUAAUAACGUCAUCUGAACUUCCUGAAGUAGAGUCCAUUGCAGGGGCACCGGGUGUGCUGCCCACGCCCUUCGCGGCCAUGCACGGCCUUCCGUCGCCCUUGGCGGGCCCUUACAAUGGCGUGCCCCCGGCGGGAAGCCUCGCCGGCCGGGGAUUCCCUCUCGGCGCCGCUGGUCUGGGGGUGCGAGUGCAGGGAAGCGCCCAGGCAUCAGCCGUGUUGCUGGUCAGCAAUCUCAACGAGGAGAUGGUCACGCCUGACGCUCUCUUUACCCUGUUUGGCGUUUACGGGGAUGUACAGCGUGUGAAGAUCCUCUACAACAAGAAGGACUCGGCACUAAUACAAAUGGCCGAACCUCAUCAGGCGCUUUUAGCGCUGACCCAUAUGGACAAGUUAAGAGUGUUUGGGAAGCAAAUUAAAGUGAUGCUCAGUAAACACCAAACGGUCCAAUUGCCAAAAGAAGGUCAGCCAGACGCGGGCCUCACGAAAGACUAUACCAACAGCACUCUACAUCGAUUCAAGAAACCCGGCUCGAAAAAUUAUCAGAACAUUUAUCCGCCGAGCGCAACCCUGCAUUUAUCAAACAUUCCGGCUACGGUAGCUGAGGAAGAGAUCAAGGAAGCUUUUACCAAGAACGGCUUUACCGUGAAAGCCUUCAAGUUCUUCCCAAAGGACAGGAAGAUGGCUCUCAUACAGAUGCCUAACAUGGACGAUGCCGUGGCUGCGCUGAUCAAAAUGCACAACUACCAGCUCAGCGAGUCCAAUCACCUCAGAGUGUCAUUCUCCAAGAGCAACAUCUAACAAGAAUCGCCACCGCACGAGCAGCAGUGGUACCAGCCCUACGCCCUAGUCCCCCUUUGGUCACCCGCAUCGGUCUACGACUGAUGUUCCCGCAGUUGGAUCCGGUGCUCAUCCGUUCCUGCGACGCUGUUAUCGGCCGGCUGUAUCGCACGCGAGACCCACAUGGGACUGCACCGGCCAUUUGGACUCCGGAGCAGCACAUACGGACAGGCGCUGCCUCGUCCGAGCGAGCUUAGGACGCUCCCGAGGCCCAAUUCCCUGUUGUUGGGACGUCUUUAUGGCACAAACGUGUUUCCGCAUCCGGUUGAUUCUGUCGAUACGAGGGUUGCUAGGGUGUUUCGUGAUAUACCAGAGCUGCAAGCGAUGAAGCUAAAUAACGAAGAGACGAAUUCGCGACGGCCUUCUCGAAGGUAGUUUCCGGUGCUGGCUUUCGAACGCGUUAACGCGACGAUUUCAUAACUUUAGAAACAGAUGAGAGAUUUUUAAUGACGAGAGAAACGCGGUGGAGUGUAAGAUAAGGAGAAAGAGAGAGAGAGAGAGAGGUCGCAAUCGAUCGAUCUAUCAUUCUCUCUCUCUCUCUCUUUCUCUCGUGAAAGCCAGGACCGUUGUGUGUGAAGAGGAUAAUACAAAAAAAAAAAAAGAAAGAGAGAGGCAACUGAGACGAAGAGCCUGGCAGCCGAGCAUACGUAGAGAAAGCACACAUAAGAGAGAAAAGAGAGAUUAGGAUUAAACGGGAGCGAGGAAGCAGUAUAGUUUGACGAACACAAUUCCUCGACUCUUAUUAAACAGAGUGUACACUAGGGAAGAUAAGAUAUAUAUUAUUGUACAUGUAAAAUUCACAAUUGCGCGGCCCGGACCGCUACUCUAAUUAUCGUUAAGGAUUUUUCAAAGUUGCGUGGACACAAAAAAAAGAGCGACCGUCUCGCGACAAGCGGGCGCGCGCGCACGCGUUCGCGCGAUGGCUUCCGUAUAUAUCGCAGGAUCUUCGGAGACGAGUCUCCCGGUCGUCGACGUUAUUCGUUCGACGAGCGGACACGAGAAAGAGAGAGAAACGAAAGAAAAAUAAUAAAGAGCGAAGGUGUGUCGUGCGAUCGCGCGUGCGACGCAGUGGCCGGCAAGCCAAGUAGCGUUUCCCCGCGAGACAAUCUUCUUGACAUUCUUCUGACGACCAAACGAACCGCGCGACCGAGCGUACUUCCUCGUGGCUUCCGUUCCGUUCGAGAGCGAGACAAUAUGAUCGAUGAUGCUGCGAGCAGUAUCGAGUACGACGGAAAUGACGUAUUUCGAUAUAAGUUAAAAAAAACGGCCAAUGUCAUGUCGGGACCCUUUGCAUGCUUUCACGAGGUACUCUACUACUUCGCCAACAAACCGAUCGUCCUCAUCGACUUCACGAGAUUAUGAAGCAAUGUGGACAAGAGACGGACAAAUCCGGGGAGAGAGAGAAAGAGAGAGGAUAGCUUGAAGCGCCAAAUUGGUUCGCUUUCAAAAUUCUUCCGGAUUUGUUCUCAUCACAGUGAUGACAUUUAUUCAACAUGAUUGGUCGAUUCGUUCGUAAAGACAAAGUAAUCGUUUAAAGUCUAUGCGUGCCGAGAGCUACUCUCUAUUCGGAGGACUCCGAACGCAUCACCGGCCCACUUCGAUCUACUUACGUUUUAUGCUUCUUCGAGGACGAAUCUCUCGCUCUCGAAGAUAUCUCCAGUAUUCUCGACUAUCCGGCGAAGUCGAACGCUUCUUAGAAGAGAUCGAGGGGAGUCCGAUCGCUCGUCGAGUCCUCCGCUCUGGAGCCCACCUGGACGCGACCGUCGCAGGUGGCAUUUUUAUAAUUUGUACAUUUCAGUUUCAAAAUAAGUAUUACAUCGCACGCGCGCACGCAUUUACACACAUACAUACACUCACACAUUGCAUCUGUCUCUUUACGAGACCAUACAAUUAGACAUAUAUACAACAUACACAUAUAUACAUACAUAAUCAUGCAGGCGCGGCGCGCGAAAUAAAUGUUAUCGAUCGCCCCCUAAUUUAUACCCACAAACACAGAUACACAGCGUAUAAAUAGCGAAUAUGCGCAGAUUUCUUAGUUACAGUAGAUGCUUAGGCAUGUGUUAGGAUCUUAAUCGUAUAGUAAGCGACUAGAUAAGUAAUUGACUAGGAGAGGAAGGAGUGAACCGUUGAACAUAUCGUUAAUUAAAAGGUUUGCAACGUGCGGAGCGCGCGCGGAGAGUUUGUACCAUUUAUAGCAGAUCGGCGGGUACGGCUCGGGACGCCUCGAGGAUGAUUCGCGACGAUGGACGACAUCCGCGCGAAGGGAGAGCGAGUGUUUUCUCUCUCUCUCUUUGUGUCAAGGAUAAGUCUAUCUCGCGACGAAUCUCGAUCCUACUGAGAGUUCCUGAUAUCGAUGCAUUCCUUGAAUAAAUCGGUUGUGAGAGGAUGUACGCCGUGAGAACAAGCGAGUAUCUUCAAGAAAUUUUUAACUAUGUGUGGAAUUUAACGCGAGGAAUAAUAUUCGAGAAGGCAAGUCAUUUUCCGACUACGCGAAUACGUUUGCACCGUUGGCUUCUUGUACGACGGGUCACGAUAUAGAUGCAUACACACACAUAGAUAAUGCGAAAGGAAAACAAAAAAGAGUAACAAAUUAGACUCGUAGAAACGUAUUUGCGGGAACUUUGUAGAGAGGCGUGCAAAGCCGUAAAAAUCGAUCGGGACAGGGAACUCGUCGAGGAGCUUAAAAAGUGUCCUCGAAGUCGUGUCGAGAAGUCGUGCGAAAUCGUUCAUUAAAGGGACCGCGCGCGCAUCCCGGCGAAGCCCGCGAAUUUCAGUCUAAUCGACGUUCUGUUGGAGUCAAUUAAUUAAAUUUUACUGAUAUAACUGAUAACUGAAUAUAUAGAGGGAAGUAGAGAAAGAGGAAAGCAAAAGAGCGCGUGUUGGAAGGGGAUUGUUGUGCGCAGGUGUAACUGAAUGAAAGAGAAAGGACGAGAGCGAAAGAGUGUGAAAGAGAGGGUGAUGGUGAGAAAGGGGUGUAUUCGCGUGGGAGAGUAGCAUCGCACGACUUUGACGGCUAAAAAAAAGGGGUUUCCAAGCCGAAACGCGCAAACGAACCCGUACAUGGUAGGAAAGUGACGAAACUAUAUGAAAACAAAGCGAAUGCCGGCCCGGGCAUAGUGUACUGUUUGUGUGCCAAAGUAGGCUUAGCCGUUUUAAUCUCUAGAACGGGGAUCUCUUGGUGAGCCGGGUGUACGAACGGGACAUCCUUGUUCGAUUGUCGCGAGCGCCGACUUCCGGGUUUUUUCUUCUCUCCCCCCUCCCCUCCCCUCCCCCUCCCUCUUCCUGGUAUACGCUGAUGUAUAAGACAACAAAAGUAUUUCCCGGGGUCGGCGUCUCGCCGAUCGAGAAGUACCGACCAAUCAGUGCUAGUUGUUUAGAGACGUAGCGAGUAGCCGGCAUGAGCGAAGGGGCCAGUCUUUGCAUCUAUGAUCUGUAUCUCUUUUUCGGACCUCUGAUACUACGCUAUAUUUACUUGGACUGCAUUUAUACAUUCUUAACCGCGGACGCACGUUCCGAGUACACUUAUCGCACGAGGGGCAUUCACGCGAGAACCUACACACGUAUACCUCAAAUAAUAAGACAUACAUACAUGUACACGAUCUUACACGAUAUCAUCUAUACAUGCGCACACACAGAUUCCAGCGGAUAUAGUUUUUCUACUUCGCCGGAAUAGGCUAGAUCUUUUACGUUUUAAAUACCUCGUUUAUAUAUUUCGCUGUGCAUCGCUCUAAGGACAUUCGGAGAAUUUUAUUCGACUUUAUACAGUAAUUGGAUUUUAUUUUAUCUACUUUAUUCGAAUCAUUUUGCGUGCAUAUAUAUAUAUAUAUAUUUUUUGUAAGCGACUUAUGUUCGUAUAGCGCUAACGUUCGUGUCUUCUCGAUUCCUAUCGCGAGACAAAAAAAACGUAGCAAUGCCACAAGGGAGGAAAGCAAAGGAGGGAGAAAAGAAGAAACCGUGCGAGA